CGGAGCUGCGGGGUUCGCUCUCUCGGCUGCUGCUCCGGCGCGGCUGCGCAACGAGGAGUCACCGCGAACUCGGCGGCGCUCGCCUUCCCCGCAGCCUCCGCGAGUGACCGCUCGGGUCGCCACCCCCUCCGCGGCCUCGAGACGCUUUCAGUUGGGCCGGUCCCCGCCCGCUUCCUCCUGCUCCCCGUCGAAGCUCCGGAGAUGAGUUUUUCCGUCUCUUCAGAGAUGAACCAGAUUAUGGUGCAUGAUUAUCACAGAAGAAAUUCAUGUCUAUAGCUUUUAAGGACUUGAUUACAUCAUUUUCAAGCCUGAUAGUUUUGGAAUCACCAUUAGAGCUUAAGACACCUCUGCCUUCACUUCAGCCACCUUUCUUCAUACCUCAACGAAGUGCUGAUUUUUAACACUCCUUUGUCUUUGGAUUAUUUAAGACGUCCCAGAGAUAUAUUUCUUACCAGUAAACUAAAUUUGUAAGGAAAAAUGAUUCCCAACGGAUAUUUAAUGUUUGAAGAUGAAAAUUUCAUUGAAUCUUCUGUUGCCAAAUUAAAUGCUCUGAGGAAAAGUGGCCAGUUUUGCGAUGUUCGGCUUCAGGUCUGUGGCCAUGAGAUGUUAGCACACAGAGCAGUCCUGGCUUGCUGUAGUCCCUAUUUAUUUGAAAUCUUUAAUAGUGAUAGCGAUCCCCAUGGAGUUUCUCAUGUUAAGUUUGAUGAUCUCAACCCAGAAGCUGUUGAAGUCUUGUUGAAUUAUGCCUACACUGCUCAGUUGAAAGCUGAUAAGGAAUUGGUAAAAGAUGUUUACUCUGCAGCAAAAAAACUGAAGAUGGAUCGAGUAAAGCAGGUUUGUGGCGAUUAUUUACUAUCUAGAAUGGAUGUUACCAGCUGCAUCUCUUACCGGAAUUUUGCAAGUUGUAUGGGAGACUUCCGUUUGUUGAAUAAGGUUGAUGCUUAUAUUCAGGAGCAUUUGUUACAAAUUUCAGAAGAGGAAGAGUUUCUUAAGCUUCCACGGCUAAAGUUGGAGGUCCUGCUUGAAGAUAAUGUCUGCUUGCCCAGCAAUGGCAAAGUGUACACAAAGGUAAUCGACUGGGUGCAGCGGAGCAUCUGGGAGAAUGGAGGCAGUCUGGAGGAGCUGAUGGAAGAGGUUCAAACCUUGUACUACUCAGCUGAUCACAAGCUGCUUGAUGGGAACCUACUAGAUGGACAGGCUGAGGUGUUUGGCAGUGAUGAUGACCACAUUCAGUUUGUGCAGAAAAAGCCACCACGUGAGAAUGGCCAUAAGCAGUUAAGUAGCGGUUCCAUUGGAUGUAUCUCUUCUCCAAAUGCUACCACACAAAGCCCUAAGCAUGAGUGGAAAAUCGUUGCUUCGGAAAAAACUUCAAAUAACACUUACUUGUGCCUGGCUGUGCUGGAUGGUAUAUUCUGUGUAAUUUUCCUUCAUGGGCGAAACAGCCCACAGAGCUCACCGACAAGUACUCCAAAACUAAUUAAAAGUUUAAGCUUUGAGAUGCAGCCAGAUGACCUAAUAGAAAAGCCCAUGUCUCCUAUGCAGUAUGCACGAUCUGGUCUGGGGACAGCAGAGAUGAAUGGCAAACUCAUUGCUGCAGGUGGCUAUAACAGAGAAGAAUGUCUUCGAACAGUUGAAUGUUACGAUCCGCAUACAGAUCACUGGUCCUUUCUUGCUCCCAUGAGAACACCAAGAGCCCGAUUUCAAAUGGCUGUACUCAUGGGCCAGCUCUAUGUGGUAGGUGGGUCAAAUGGCCACUCAGAUGACCUGAGUUGUGGAGAAAUGUAUGAUCCAAACAUAGAUGACUGGAUUCCUGUUCCAGAACUGAGAACUAACCGUUGCAAUGCAGGAGUGUGUGCUCUGAAUGGAAAACUGUACAUUGUUGGUGGCUCUGAUCCAUAUGGUCAGAAAGGAUUGAAAAAUUGUGACGUAUUUGAUCCUGUAACAAAGUCAUGGACAAGCUGUGCUCCUCUUAACAUACGUAGACACCAGUCUGCAGUCUGUGAACUUGGUGGUUAUCUGUACAUAAUUGGGGGCGCAGAGUCAUGGAAUUGUCUGAACACAGUAGAACGUUACAAUCCUGAAAAUAACACCUGGACUUUAAUUGCUCCCAUGAAUGUGGCAAGGCGAGGAGCUGGGGUGGCUGUUCUUGAUGGAAAACUGUUUGUAGGUGGUGGCUUUGAUGGUUCUCAUGCCAUCAGCUGUGUGGAGAUGUAUGAUCCAUCUAGAAAUGAAUGGAAGAUAAUGGGAAACAUGACUUCACCAAGGAGCAAUGCUGGGAUUGCAACUGUAGGGAGCACCAUUUAUGCAGUGGGAGGAUUUGAUGGCAAUGAAUUUCUGAAUACGGUGGAAGUCUAUAACCUUGAGUCAAAUGAGUGGAGUCCCUAUACAAAAAUUUUCCAGUUUUAGCAAAUUCAAGACCCUUUGAAACUAA